ACUGAGCUAAUGUUUUGUUAAUUCAAAAUUAAUGAAUGGACACUUUCAAUAUCAAUUGUAUUGCAACUAUUACAAUCAUUACGACUAACUAAAGUACUAAAUAACUGUAAACAGGCCAGUCAGCUUCGAAUUUUAGCCAAGAAAAAUUUUCAUGGAAGACUUACAUUCACUUACAUUUCUAAACGUUACAAAUUUGACACACAUUUGUUGAUAAAGAUGUCGUCAUGACAACAACACACCAAACUUUUAUAGUAUUUUGUUACCCUUUACGCUUUAAAUUCUUCUCUCUUUUAUCGGGUCAGAGUUUAAUUUUGAAAUAAUAUCCAAUCGGAAUGUAAAUUUCUUAAAAAUAUUAUGUAAAGCAUGAUGUUUAUUGUUAUUUAAAUGUAAACAUCAUAUUCUUUCAAUUGAUAUUUUGUAAUAAGAAAUUAGCUAAUAAUGAAAAACUUCGUAAUAAAAUCAUGUGCUUAGUCAUGAAUGUAUGUGAAAUCUAGAUAAUCAGCGAAGUGAUGUUGCACCAUGCCAAAAAUUAUCGAGUUAACAGUAGAAAUUGAUGUUCAGAGGGUAUCAUGUCCAGGAGUUUGGUUGUGCCAAGAUGGUCGCGUCUCCCUCACAGUGUUUGCCCUUGGUACCAGCUACCAGACCUGCCUGCUACCUCCCAGCUUCCCCCUCAUGUUCAAAGAUGUAUUCUACUUCAGGAAACGGUUUCAGGAGUCUUGCGCACUUAAUAACAUUUGCUGCUUGCUGAAAGAAGAAACAAUAUAUUGUGAACUGGUGCAAUGGUGCAGUGAAUGUGGGAGCAAUGAAAGUACAAUCCUGGCGCAGUACCUCGGCUCUCUGAAUGACGUGCUGUUCCCACCCAACAUGUGCUCCAAUGAAGGAGUAGAUCUGCUUAUGAGGAGGUCUAAAGAGUUUCCUGGUAUUUUAUCCCCAAAAAUUGAGAUAGCAACAAAAGUACGUAUAGAUGAGGUGUGGAAUCAACCGUGCACUGUGACACCCUCGAUCAAAGUAAGCACUUGUCAGUGUGUGCCUCGGGAUGACCCAAAGAGACAAAAGCAAGUCUGCCAUUCUACAAAGUUCCACAGAAGCAAAUGCUUUAAACAACAAAGGUCACCCUCAACAGCGAGGUCAAGGUCACGUUCAAGAUCACGGUCAAGGUCAUCCGGCUCAAGGUCGUGUUGCAGCUUUACGCCGAAGGUACACGACUGCGGCGUCGGCUAUUUCAAACCUCCACCGAAGCCUCUUCUUCCUCGAGCGCCUCGUCGGACGACGGUGGGGUCCAGGCGUAAGCGCCUUCCUUGUGCAGACGUCUGUGUUUACAACGUCAAAGCGCCGCCAGACCCCUGGAGAUCUAUCACUUGUGGAGUCUGCCGCAAUGAGCGUGAAUAUGAGGUCGAGCCAAAGAGACCCGAGAGAGUGAUAAACACAGAAAAAACCUAUAUGAACCAUCAUGACAUUGACCGAAAUCCCAAAACUAUCCUAGAAAGCCGUUACAUACAUCAAGACAAAUGCACAGAUUCCGGUGAUAAACAGAAAACAAAGAAAUGCUACAAGGUCCAGACGAAGCCCUGUGUUUGUGAAAUAUGCAAAAGGUACCACGAGUUGUUUCAUGUCCAAGACAAUGUUCAAGGAACCCACACAGCAGAUGCCAGGACCUAACUCCAAACUUUGUGAGUAAAAAUUAUCUACCUCAUUGUUUCAAAUAAAUUGUAGACUUUGUCUAUAAAAAUCAUGCGAGUACAGACUUAUUUUGGUCUAAUAAAUACUUUUUAAUCCGUAAGGAUAGAUUUUUAGGGGCAAAGCGAAAUUUGUAUUUGACAUGUAACUAAUGUAUUUCUGUAGAAAAAAAUAUCAAAAUACAUACACAGAUAUUUUUAAAUCAAAAUUAUUUUGUAAAGUAUUAUGACUUGUAAAGAAAAAUCUAGUAUGGUGUAUAGUUUUGUUAAAAAGAUGUUGUUUUUGAAAAUGAUAAUUUAUUCUAUUUAUAUAAUUUAUAAUCAUUAUAAAUCAUUGUUUAAUUUUUUAUUAUUGCAUGUUCAUAAAUAGAGGGAUCAUGAAAUAAAACUAAUAAAAUCAUUAAA